CUCUCGUCUCUCAUCUCUCAUCAGACGCACCCCGAAACCAUUCAUCUAUCAUCGUGAUUCUACACAUGAUGACUAGUUUGUAAUGACCUUCCCUCACAUAGCAAGCUAUCGCGGAAGCUCGAUUUAGGGGACACAUUGCCAACAUGAUCUCGAACCGGCAAAAGCCGGACCCUGCUACCCAGGCCACCUCAUCACCACCAAGAAGAUACAGGUCAUCAUCCUUUUCGAGCGAUAUACCUAUCGGAUCGCCCACUUCCAUUAUGGCGGCAGGAAAUCCAGCGAAUGACUAUCUGCCACCUAUGGGAUAUGCCGGGUCUCCGUCUGGCAGACCGGUGAUGCCACAUUCCGCAUCUCUACCGACAGUCUUAGCAUCACCCGAUGGUGGUCCUUUCGACCCUUUUCAAUCACGGAGGUCAUCCAUGUCCAGCAAUCAGGGUACUUUGACCCCUACUAAACAGAAAUCCACAUACAACCACCCCUACCUCAUUCAUUCCAGCUCUUCAGCUGUCCUCAGCCGGACGAAUACCUCGCCGGUCGUCUCGUACAGCGCUCUUCCGCCUGCCACACCUGGCCACAGGUCUAGCAAAUCGAUGGGAUUUUUGAGGAGCUCUCAAAGCGUGGAGGAUCUUCGGUCUCCAGAAAAGGCCGGUUCUGGAGAUUCGCAGUCUGGACUUCGUGAAGGGCAAUCGAAAGCAAAGGGAGGCUAUACUUCUUACACCCCGCCUGUCCGUCGAAAGCUGGUCAACCGAUACUCGGUUUCAAAUCUCAGUGACAUCACUUCGAGAGACGGCACCGACGUUCUAUCAGGAAAAGAGAGCGAAAGGAAGGCGGGCAAGCUGGAUAUGGGCGUCUGGGAGUGGAAAUUGGGGUCUAAGCCGGACGCGGUUUCGACUCGUGAAUUGCCUCCGAAUCCGAAGCUAUGGAAUGCACAUGAAACGGCACACUAUGUUGCGCACUGCCUCUCACACGGCAUCAACCCCAAUCCAGACUCGAAAACUGGCAUUACGAAAUUACCCCCUUUGGUGAUCCAAGAUAUUACAGAGUGGAUCAAGCAAGGAAGAGUCACUGGAAAAGGCUUCCUGAUGGGAGGUGAAGGCAGUUGGGCCUCGUCGUCGAAACCGCCUCCCUUUUUGGAUGUGCUGUUGAGUCUGUCCCGAAAUCUACGUCGUGCCUCGCUCAAAGGGAGCAUUGCCGGGAUCUCAUGGUCGCCACCUAGUGCUCCAGCUGAAGCGGACACAGCUGCCACGAGUUCCGCGGCGCACGCUCGAGACACGAGCGUAAUGGUGGAAGCUGAUGAGGACGAGGAUGAAGAGGAUGACGGUCGCGCUUCCAGCAAUGUCAAAAGGCUUGCUCACGACUUCGAUGCGAGGAGUAUCGGAUCGAUGUCGACAACAGGUAGCGAUAUUAGCGAGGAGGAUCUGCUCGACCGCGAUCGUCCACGCCCAGGUCGCAUUUACAGUAUGAGUAGCCAACACGACCAGCGUUCCCGGGACGAAAUUGCGGAAAAGGCCAAGCGAUUCGAGCGUGGACUGGCCGAGAUUGAUCGAUACGCCGGGCAUGAUAUCAGUAACAACUUCGGACAUCUCGUAGACACCGUCCAUGAUGGCGAAGGUCGCAGUGCAUGGGAUCGUGCAGUAGCGGAAGGACGAGUGCAGCCUGUAUCGAUGCCUCGAAGCUCUGACAUAAUGGCCUCGCCAGAGCAGUCCACGAGACAAAUGGAGGCUCGACAGGCUACGAUAGGUCUAGGUAUCUUUGACCCCACCGAUGAACGAUCAGGACCGAUAGGGACCGAAACCAAGGAGGGAGCUGUCGACGCGCCACUGUCGCCUUUCAUAAGUCCACCUCCAGCAUACACUUCGCCACAAUUUGGCCAUAGCCUUGCUGAGGAGGGUAUUGCCCAUGCUUUAGGCAAAAGCGACGAUGUUGCGAUCGACCAUACGGCCACCUUACCUCCCAAAAGUCUCUCGUACGGGUCCUUGAGAGGCUCAGAGGAGAACACAACUUCGAGACCGAGAUUGCCCAGGGCAAUAGACCGACGCAGUGCUUCUCUUGUUGAGCUAGGAGGGAACACAGCCGGAUCGUCGACCGAGACGGACACGGAGGACGCUCGAGAUCUCGGGCGGAGAGUUACCCUGAGACCUGCUAGAGUGCUAUCCGCCAUCUUUACGCCCAAACAGCCCUUCCACGCAAGCUCAUUGCCCGAGCCGAGCGGUGCGCGAAGCGGUUCAGUGACUCCCAGCCAGCCACAUCCAUCAGAGGAACAGCUCAGUCGUGCGCAUGAGACUAUCAACGAACUCCAGGAGCAGCUCCGUCUGGCUGAACUCGAAGUCGCGCGACUCGAGCUCGAAGUUAAAGAAGCGCAAAAGCCAUCGCUGCCUACCACCUUCACGCCUGACGAGCGCAAGGCGUCGCCUUGGUACCCGAACCCUUCCAAUCACCAAACCCUCGCCCUUCUUUACGGAGGACUGGCAGGCCUUUGCAUGUCUAUAUUGGUACUCAAGACAUUCGGCAGGAAAGCCGGCUUGGCCUGAGCCCAGCAACUCCUGUCGCGUUUUUCUCUACGCAGAUCGACAGGCU